AUGUCAUCAAUCACAAGACAAUUUACCAACUCAACAUACAAUACGAUAACAGCUGUUCAGUCAGGUGAUUUCUCUCUUUCAAAUGUGUGGGGUAGUAGCGGCAUGCCAACAAAUGGUUCAACUGUGAUUAUUCCUCACAAUGUGACAGUGUCCAUUAGCAGUCAAACAGGUUUGACCAUUAAUAUUAUAUCGAUGAGAGUCUAUGGUACAUUACAAAUUGGUUCUUCCAUCAAUUCUUCUUUGACAACAUUUACAUUUCAAUAUCCAGUUAAUAUAAUGAUUUUUAAGGGAGGAGUGCUACGAGACUUAACUCAAAAUCAUCGAUGGUUUGUUUUAUCAAAUACAAUCAUCACAAUUUACAAUGGUGGUUCAUUCAUUUCAUCACAACCAACAACACUGAUUUCCAAUACCAAUAAUUCAACUGCAACAUUCAAUUCUUCAAUCAGUGGUCCAUACACGAUCACAGUUGAUCUUCAAGGAAAAAUACAAAAGUAUUCAUCCAUAACAUUUGCUCCCUCUGAAUCGGGUGAUUUUGGAUUAAACUCUACAUGGUUGGGUGGACUGGCACCAACAGUGGAUCGAUGUUCACCAGACGAUGGUGGCUGUAAUUUGAUUAUCCCAACUAAUUUUAAUAUAACAAGAGAAAAUAAUCAGUCGACUAUCAAUGGCGUUAACGUUUACAUCUAUGGUUUAUUUGAAAUUUCGUCGUGGGCCAGUUAUCUUUUCCUUUAUCCCAUGCAUUUCUUUGUCUACAAUGGUGGGGUAUUCCAAGACUCGACUAUAAAUGGAUUUUACUUUCGCAUUAAUACAUCGAUUAACAUUUACGCUGGUGGAUUGUUUGUUACGCAUAGUCCUAGUUAUAUUAUUUCAUAUAUUGAAAAAAAUACUACUAUCUCUCAAAUUGUAUUGAAUGAUUCGAAGAUCUACGGGCCGUACACAAUUGUCAUUGAUAAUAAUGGAAUCAUUGAUAACAAUGGUUCAUCUUCGUUAUCAACAAGCAUUACAACAACAAGUAGAUGCAACGCUGGUACUCUGCUAACAACAUCAUCUUACUUGGCUGUUUUAACUGUUCCAUUUUAUAUUAUCAUGAUUAUUCAUAGAAAAUAA